AUGCCGCCAAUCAAUUUGGAGGGACAACAGGUGGAAUGGGUGAAAGAAAUUAGAUUCCUGGGAGUUUGGCUUGAUAGUAAACUAUCAUGGAAUAGACAACUAGCCCAAACCCUUAAAUCAACGGAAAAAGGAAUCAACAUGCUUAGAGCGAUUUCGAGCAUAGAUUGGGGAUCAGACCCGGCAACUGUUUUAAUAUUUUAUAAAUCGUUUAUUCGUCCCAGAUUGGAGUACGCUGGUUGUAUUUUCUCGUUCUGUGCAAAGUAUAAAAUUUUAGCCCUUGAUAGAAUACAAAACAAGGCAAUUAGGAUUGCUCUUGGAAUGAUACGCACAAGACCCAUCAACUCUCUACAUAUGGAGGCCGGAGUGGUCCUGCUGAGCAUUAGACGUGAAAGCAUUACCAAAAAAUAUAUUUGUAGAAUUUUGGCUCAAGAUAACACGCCUGUGAUAAAGGCGAUACGGCGAGCGGCAUUUUUAUUUGGUGCUAAGCCUUUUUGCCAAGUAAAGGAUCCAAGGUCAUCUGCCUAUGGGUUAUAUGUAGAUCAGAGGGACAUAUCUGAGUGUGGGUAUAUUUUACCAUUAUUUUCACCAAAGGCUGUGAUAUUUUCGGAUUCAAAAAGUGCGAUGGAUGCAAUUGAAUCCACACUGUAUUCAGCGAAGGAUAACUUUAUUAUAUUUAAAAUUAAGGCUCUACUGGGCAUGUUGAAAAGGUCAGGCACGAAGACUUCGUUCUGCUGGAUACCGGGUCACGCGGGUAUUCCUGGAAAUGAAAGGGCAGAUGGUCUGGCCAGUGAGGGACAUAUGGGAAGAAGAAUGAUGCAGUCUAUUGCAUAUACCGAUUUGUAUCCAAUUGUUAUCAAGGACGAAUGCGAAAAAUGGCAAUACAUAUACAGUAACGCAUCAACUAACAAAGUGAGAAGAUACUUCGAAUGGAAUGCCACAGUGCGAUCUAAACCAUGA